AUGGCGAACGCCGAUGGUAUCCUAGAGGCUGCGCAUCCCUACUACCCACACGCAAGCGAGUACGGGCAUGAGCUACCGCAGCAGCCACCCGAGGUCUGGAGUAUCACCGACUUUGGUCGAGUCAAUGAACGUUCACGGGACGGCAGCGUCCACGCGACAGACGAAGUCUUCAACACCGCUUCGCAUUUUGCCGCCACCUUUCUCAGCUUCCUCGGCACGGUCCUACUCGUUGUGCAAGCUAGCGCUCGACACGAACCGUGGAAAAUUGUCAGCUUUAGUAUAUACGGCGCGUCGCUCGUCUUUCUGUUCGCCGCCAGUACCUUGCACCACGGCUUGACCGGAGUGCACGAAGCCUUCUUUCGUAGACUGGACUAUCUCGCCAUCUACCCCUUAAUUUCCGGUACAUUUACCCCGCUCUGUUUGGUCUUCUACCAUGACAGUCUUAUUGGAUGGGUCUUUGGUGCCACCGUCUGGGCCAUUGCCAUACUCGGCAUGGUGGCCACUGCAUUCUGGUUCCACAAAAUUCCCAAAUGGUUGUCCAUGACUGCCUACAUGACGCUGGGUUGGUUGGGAGCGUGCAUGACCUAUUGGCUCAUACCAGUCUUGGGAAUGGAUGGUUUUGGACUCUUUUUGUUCGGCGGAAUCUUGUACACCGGGGGAGGAUACGUUUUCUACACUGAACGACCGAACCCCUAUCCCGGAACCUUUGGCUUUCACGAAAUAUGGCACGUGACGGUCGUACUUGCCGCUACCUGCCAUUGGCUACUCAUGUACACUUACGUCCUGCCAUGGGAAAGCGCGACAUGAGCAAGGCUGGGACCAACUGGGACGUGGCACUCGGGGAAAGUGGACGUAUGUGUUGGACAGGACUGUGCUACAAAGGGCUACGGUUUUCGAACGCAAUUCUUUGGCUCGUGGACGAUGCGCUGCCCUGCCUUUGACCGCAAUGCGUUGAUGCGUUGUCGGAGCUGCGCAAAGUUGAAUAUCCAAUGAUCCCUGCUUUUGCUUUACUGUUAAAGGAAGCUCUACUUAGCGUCGGUAGUCGGGUCGG